AAUUAUUGUGUACAAAAAUGUCUAACAAAGAUUAUUAUGAGCGGUGGCUUAAACUUAAAGAGCAGUUCAGAGUAGCGCUACAAGAAGAUGAGCGCAUUCAAGAGUUAGCAAUAAACCUUAUCGGUGUCAAGCCCCAAGCGACAGCAGUUGAAGUAGUAAGUAGAGUUUAUUGCAGGUAUUGUGAGAUAUAUAACAAACUAUGCGAUUGCUACGAUCAAAUGGAGCAGGCACAGCGAAGACCUUGGAUAAAGAAAAUUAUAGACGGUGUCACAUGCCGUAUUAUUGAGCUGAAGAGAACACUUGAAGAAGUGGAAGUUUUUGAAUAUACAUAUGCUGAUAACGCGUUCGAACAAAUGCUAAUACAGCCCCAAGAUGUUGAAAUAAUGUGUCCGUUCUUUUACCCAUUUGAAAUACGUAAGGCAGAAAUGCAAUACAUUAUGGACCAAAUAUUUGCUGGUAAUCGAUUAGGAGAUCCACCACCAACGCCAUCACAGCUAGAACUGUUAGAAGAAGAAAGACUAAUAAAAGAGCAAAAGUUGCGAGAGCAAAAAGAAGCGGAAUUAAGAAAUCUGGCUGAAGGUGGUUCAUGUGAAAAACUAGUUACUUUAACUCCUGAUGAGUUGGAAGCAAGAAGGCAGAAAAACAUUCUCAAUGGCCAUGCACGUACUAUACAGAAAAUGGAGAGGUCACGAAUAGUAUUAAGAGAGAAAUUUCUUAAGGCAUUCAAAGAUGAAAACUUAUACUUAGAAUUAGCAGGUUUGAAAAAACCACCAAAACCUGAACCUAUCAGGACUGCGGCUGGAUUAAUGAUACAAAAAGUUUUUCGUGAGUUUAUGGAACUAAAACGCAUUCAAUCGCGAGAAAUGAAGUUAAAGGAAAAGCUUGGUAUGAUCAUACCUUCUUAUAGUCCUCCUUCGGCAAAAGUACAGUUAGAAAAGGUAAAAGAAGCUAGAAGGAAAUUUAGACGUGCAUAUUAUGAACAAUAUUUGAAUGAAAACUUAAAAGAGAAGGCACACGUUCUUCGACUAAGGCAAGGUGACAUAAUGGAUGAUAUUACAGAUGAAAUAAGACAGUGGUUUACAGAAUGGUUUAGAGGAGUUCGUGUGUUUGAUGAAUUUCCUUAUGCCGAGGAAGGUGGAUCUAUAUUGAUAGUAAAAGGUGAAACUUACUCUAUCGAGGAGUAUCUUCAAUGGCGUACAGAUGAAGAGAAAAGAAUAAAAGCAGAGGGAGGUGUGGUAAAAAGCAAAGAACAAAUUAAAGCUGAAAAGGCAUUUGAACGUGAGGAGAAGAGAAGACUAGCACAGGAAGCUAGAGAUAGAGAAAAGAAAAGAAUUCACGAAUACAAAAAGUAUCGAAUGCAUCCUGAUAAUGACCCUGGUGUAUAUAUCAUGAUUGGUCAGCAACACAAUAGCUUAAAAUCGAAUUGGCAUGAUUAUGAAAUUCAGUGGAGUACUUAUGAUACACCUGAUGCUGGCUUAGAUUCAAUCAGAGGGCAUAUUAUGCAACUCAUCACUGAGAAUGCAUAUAAGGACAUACAAUUGGAGUUGCGCCCAAUCGCAGAUGAAAUAAUGAGAUUGGAGCUGGAAAUAUUAAAAAAUGCUCUAAAAACAGAUUAUACUACCGUUGGAAUGAAAGUACCUCCAGUCAAGAAAAGGAAAAAACCAAAGAAACCGAAACCACCAAAACAUGAAAAAUUAUCCCCUAAGGUGAUGUUCCAACAGUUAGCUGAUAACGGUAUUGUUAAACGAUAUCCUCGAAUGACGCUUGACGACUACUGGGGUGACAGGAACUAUGCUGCUGCUGACUGCCGCGCCGUAUUGUGGACUCCUACAUUUCCACCACCUUGCAUUGGUGAUGUUAAAGAACAGAUCAGGAUUCGAUGUUUACUAACUCUUGGAGCCACCUGCUCAGGCAUACAAAGAUCACAUUUAUUGGUUGGCCCCAGGGGUACAGGUAAAAAAUCUUUAGUAUAUGCAAUCGCCACGGAGACUAACGCUCUUCUUAUUGAUCUUUCACCUUUUAAUACUUAUGACAAAUUUAUUGGUCCUAAAAAUACGCGGACGCUGUUUACCUACGUCAAUAAAAUAAGUAAACUUAUGCAACCCACAGUAAUAUUUGUGGAAGACGCCGAAAAGUUAUUUUACAAAAAGGUACCAAAAGAAGAAAAGAUGUUUGAUCCAACACGACUUUCAAAAGAUUUCUUUAAAGAGAUUGUCAAACCGCUUGGUGUGCACGACAAAGUAAUAGUGAUUGGCACGGCCACUGAACCGUGGCUGGCAAAAAAUAGUACAAUGUUCAAGGCUUUUCCUUCGACCAUCAUGAUUCCUAAGUCAGAUUAUGGAAGCAUUUCUUUAAUCCUCACCCAAAUGCUAAUGAAGUACCACGGUGUUAAUCGUGAUUUUAAUGUUAAUUCCACUGCACAGGCCUUAAGAGGUUACGACAUAAGUACUAUUAAAUCUGUCGUUGAAAACUUGUUGAGUGGUAAACGCUUGGCUGAGCUGUACUACAAACCGCUUCACCCUAUGGAAAUUCUUCAGGGCGUGUUGAAUGCUGAAAAUGUAACCUUUAUGGACACACUCGAAACUGAAAUGUAUAAAUCUUGGUACUUGUCAUACUCGCCUUGGGGACCUAAGAUGAUGGAGUAUAUGCUCAUGUUGGAGUCACAGUAUAGCGUUAAAUUAAAAAACGACAAGAAAAAGAAACAAGCUGGAUAA